AUGAUGCACUCGCUGCGCCUACUGGCGCUGCUGGUCGUGGCCGCCGCGGCCACUCCGCGCGUUGUUUUUAGCGACACGGUGUCGUGCAACCUCCUGCCACAGCGCCCUCCACGCGUCAUGUCUCUACCCCCCAACCCCCAUACUGCCGACAGCCUCCUGUGCCGUACCAUUGAGUGCCCGCGUGCCCCCAACAGCUGCUACGAAGAUGCCGAGUGUGUGGCCGGGCAAUGCAUGGAGCCUCGUCCCAAGGCCGACUACACCCCUUGCAAUGACGGCCUCUCUAGCACCUUCAACGAUGUUUGCUCGGCUGGCGUGUGCCGUGGCGGUAGCUUCACUUGCCCUGCCACAGUCCGCGUCACCCCGACCCGCGCCACAGAGGGCCAGGCUCAGGUUGCCAGCUGGGUUGAGCCCGAGGUCGACACCCACGAGAACUUUUACUUCACAAUCAGCUCUACCCACCAGCCUGGCGACAUGUUUGCCGUUGGCGUCACGGAAGUCGAGUACACAGCCACUGACGUUAUUGAAGGCACCGAGUACACUUGCUCCUUCAACGUUGAGGUUCUCGAGAGCCAAGAGCCGUGCGAGGGUGUCGUCUGCACCACUGAUAACGUGUGCCAGACCUUUGCGCCUGGAUGCGAGGUUAUCGAUGCCAAGGCCACCUGCCCUGAGCCCGAGGCCCUGCCCAACGGUCGCUACAACAAGGCCAGCUUGUACAUCAGCAACGGCCUGCCCGUGCCUCGUGCAGAGCGCUUCCCUCAAUUUUUCAGUGAUGACAACAACGUGGUGGUUUGCCACUUGGGUCAGAGCAUCUGCGAGGGCAACCGCCGCCUCCUUCCCAAGCGCCCCCCGCGUCCCAUGAAGCUGAGCCCCGACUUUUCCAACUUCCAGCAGCCUCUUCUGCCCAUUGGCCGUCCCUCCUUUACCACCACCACUCGCGCACCCGUCACGACCACCACCACCACCACUACUACUCGUGCUCCCACCACCACCACCACCACUGCUCGUGCCCCCGCGACGACCACCACCACCACUCGUGCCCCCGUCACUACCACCACCACUCGUGCUCCCGUCACGACCACCACCACUCGUGCUCCCACCACUACCACCACCACCACUCAGCCCCGUGUGACCACCACCGAGGACCGCUGCGGCGAGUACCGCCAGUGCAACUGCAAGCCUGGUUCAGAGAUGGUCGAGUUUAUCGAUGCGUUUGGUUGCCAGGCAUGCUCGUGCGUGGCUUCGGAACUGCCCAGUACCACCACUGCGGCUCCCGUCUCGACUACCACCACCACUGCGGCCCGCGAGACCACCACCACUUCAGCCGCCCGCGAGACCACCACCACUUCAGCCGCCUCGGGGUCAGGAUCGGGCUCUGACCAGUGCCCUGAAUUCCGCCCCUGCUUCUGUAAGCCAGGCAUGGAGUCACGCACUUUCUACGACGAUGAGGGUUGCAAGCACUGCUCGUGCGUUGAUCCGUCCCAGGACCGCCGCCGCCGCCUUCUCGAGGAGGGCGAGGCCGUCCAGGACCAGGAGACACAGACCACCGACGACAGCUCCCAUCAGUUCUCGAUGGCACUUGCUAUCGCCGGUGUGGCCGUGGCUACUGUCUUGGUGGCUGGCGUGGCCGUCAUCAAGGCCAUGCACCGCUCUGAGGACAAGCUGCCCCUCGUCGCCAGCGUCGAGGGUGCACCACUCGAGCACAUUGCCACGGCCUAA